UUGAAUUUGAAUUGAAUCAGUCUCUUCCUCCUCUCUCUCCCCCAAUUUCAAAAACCCUAAUCCAAUUCCUUCUCCUAAAGCCCCCCCCCCUCUCUCUCUCUCUCUCUCAAUUUUAUAAACAUUUACACAAAUCUUUCUUUGCUUUUCUCAUAUAUACGAAAAUCUGGGUAUCUUUCUUUCUUUCUAUAUAUCGAAAUGCCUAGCGUAACGGUAAAGCUUUAUAGUGUACUCUUCAAAUUCCUUCUAAAACGCCGCUUACAGACCCUAAUCGAAGCGUCUCUUGGAGAUACUAAUCCAUACGGUGUAGUUUCAAGGUCCGAUGAAGCUGUAGCCGCCGCCAAUCCUACUUUUUCCAACGACGGAGUGGCCACCAAAGAUAUCCACAUUGACCCUGUAACUUCUCUUUCCCUUCGUAUUUUCCUCCCAGAAUCCGCCCUUAUUUCUUUAAAUUCAGUCCCCAAGCAUAGAGUUAGGGCUUCAACAAAUACGUCGACAAGAUCUUCGUCUACAGAUGCAGAUAAAUUGAAAUUGGAUAAUGGGGCUUAUAGGGGUUAUUCUCCGGAAAUUAAUAAGAAUUGUAGGAAAUUGCCGGUGAUUUUGCAAUUUCAUGGGGGAGGGUGGGUUAGUGGUAGUAAUGACUCGGUGGCGAAUGAUUUGUUUUGUCGGAGAAUUGCAAAGUUGUGUGAUGCGGUUGUUGUGGCAGUUGGGUAUAGAUUGGCACCGGAAAAUAGGUAUCCGGCCGCGUUUGAGGAUGGGUUAAAGGUGCUGAAUUGGUUGGGGAAGCAGGCAAAUUUGGCGGAGUGUAGUAAGUCUUUUGGGAAUGGGAGGACCGGUGGUGGUGGAGAUGUUAGGCGGAGGCAAAUUGUUGAUGGGUUUGGGGCUUCAAUGGUUGAGCCUUGGCUGGCUGCUCAUGGUGAUCCUUCAAGGUGUGUCCUCCUUGGAGUGAGCUGUGGUGCAAACAUUGCAAAUUAUGUUGCAAGAAAGGCUGUGGUGGCAGGCAAGCUUUUAGAUCCUGUAAGAGUGGUUGCACAAGUCCUCAUGUACCCUUUCUUCAUUGGGAGCAUUCCUACACGUUCUGAGAUCAAGCUGGCCAACUCUUAUUUGUAUGACAAAGCUAUGUCUAUGAUUGCAUGGAAACUCUUCCUACCAGAGGAAGAAUUUAAUUUAGAUCACCCAGCAGCUAAUCCUCUCAUUCCUGGGGAAAAAACUCCUCUGAAGUACAUGCCACCGACUUUAUCAGUUGCGGCCGAACAUGACUGGAUGCGGGAUAGGGCCAUUGCUUACUCAGAGGAGCUUCGAAAGGUCAAUGUCGAUGCCCCCCUUUUGGAUUACAAGGACGCUGUGCAUGAGUUUGCAACACUCGAUGUGCUCCUUAAGACACCACAGGCCCAAGCUUGCGCAGAGGACAUUGCUAUUUGGGUCAGGAAGUAUAUAUCACUCAGGGGCAAUGAGUUCUCUUAUUAAGUAGAUUGGGACAUGAGAACUUACUGGGCAGAAGAAAAUGCAACAUAGGAGCUGGAAAAGUUAAUUUCACAAGAAAAUGCAAUUAGCACAGUUGACGGAGCAAUAUGUGGAGUUUUCUCUUAAGGUGAGGAGGUUGUUACAAACAACUUCGCUAAAUGUAAUUGAAGGUUGUUCAUCUCAAUUUUAGCAUUUCCCCUGAAUCCUUUUUGUAUAGUAGUUACCGUCCCAUGUGUCAUAUGAGAGUAGGAUUCAGUUCAAGUAUAAGAAGCAUUUUUCUCCUUGUUGAAGGUUCACUAGGUCCAUUCGUUUAUUCAUGUUCUUUUUCCUCUAUUGAGAUUU